GGGAAAACGAAGCAAAACAAACUAACCAAGCGAGGGAGAGAUGAGUAAGCUUUCGUAAGUAGGUUAGCUUGCUACUUUUGAUUGGCUUUGAUCGCGUGCAGUGAGUCGCCUAUGAUGGUAUGCAGCCUGAAGCGAAAGAUCCAGAGGAGGAUAGUGUCUGGGAGGGGCCACCUUCAAUGCUGUGGGGACUGGACCCCAUGUUCAACGCUUUCACCAGGCUCUAUGUCAAAGACAUCCUACAGAUGAGAGAGUCCUGUCAAGUGUCAGGGAUAUACUUCUACAACUCUCACCCGAUAUUCAAAGUUGAUGUGCUCGGGACUGUGGUGUACAAGCGAGAGCGAGAAGACUUCUUAUGUUACGGAGUUGAUGAUGGUACUGGUGUUAUAAACAGCCUUUGCUGGAAAGAUGAACAGUGGAGGGAUCAAGGUGACCCUGCAACAUCGGGAGCAAGGUCUUUCGGUAGCAGCGCACGUGGAGACUUCAACCCAGCCAACGAGCUGAAGAAACUACGGCAAGCCCAGCACAGCAGCUCCCACCUGGAGAUAGGAGAACUGCUCAGGGUGCGAGGGCCCGUCAAGACCUCCAGACAACAGCGAGAGAUAAUGGCCUCUACUUACUAUAAAGUGUCAGACCCGGUGAUGGCGGUCCAGAUAUCCUGGAUGAUGGAGGUUCCUCAGCUCUACAGACAGUGCUAUGAUAAACCAUUCCAUCUGGACAGCAGUGCACAGAACCCUAACAUUCAAGGUGGUUCUGCUUCCUACCUGCUUGGCAGAGCCACUCGUAUCCUGAAGGACUUCCUCAAAGAGAAAGAAGUCACCAGGUUCAGACCCUAUGAUGUCCAGGACCUUCUACAGCCUCUGGUCUCCAGACAACCUCAGAAGACAGCAGCAGAACAAGUAACGGAACGGGACAAGGAUCUUCUCAUGGCAGUCAGAGACAUUCUUCGGGAAGAUUGCAGACGAGAGAAAUAUGUGGAAAAGGGUUGCCACGUCCUGCACGUUCUGUCCAGUGUGAGACAGAGGUACAGUCGCAACGUGAGCAAGGAAGCCUUGGAGCUGGUCCUCAAAGCUCUGGAGUGUAAUAGUGACAUCAUCAGCACCAGCGACAGUCAUUACACUAUCCUCUGACGCUGACUUAGACAUUCUGGAACAUUCCACAAACCGUCUGAAAUGGAGGGAAACGGGGAGGUACUAUCCGACCUUGUCCAAUAAGAAACGCAUGUUUUUGUUUCCCGUUGGAAAAAUAUAUGUAACGUGUGCCCUAAUAAAUAUGACCCUUAAUACAUUUGAUUAUUACUUAACAUGGCCAUCUUCAAGAUGUCAGUUGCUAUCAAUCAUGCUAGAGCUAUGUACAUUUGUAUGAAUGUAUAUUUAAAGAGUACAGGACAAGCUGUUUUGUGCAACAUAUAUUUUUAAAAUGUGCUAAAGUUGUCUAAAUUAUGUGUAUAAUACCUGGAUAUACAAUUCAACUUGGAGCAUAUGCUCAUUUUGCACACGGGGGCAGUAUUUCGUUGUUUAAUAUGCACCGCGAUGCAGCCCAUCGCUGAUUGGUCCACUUUGAAACAUCUGUAUCCAUACGUCCAAGCUAUUGAUGAGAGCAGCCUAUAGCGUCUUAUGACUCAGUUGCCACCGCUGUCAAAGAAACUGCGAGGCAUAACAAGCAAUAUAUGGACUAGUUUAUGCUAUCUAGGCCUAAGGAACAAAUAGGUUGUUAUAGCUGU